ACGGGACUGGGGAAGGGUCAUCAGGAGGGGCGAGGAGUGGGGUCCUGUGAGGGAGGAGGGGAGCUGAGACCCCCUACCUCCCCUAUUCAUCGAGGGAGAGAAAAGAUCCUGCGAGGGUUAUCUGAUUUCCCUCCCACGUGUUUCCCAGAAUCCCUCCCCGGCAGCCAGUAUACCCCUCUCCAUCAUCACUCCUGUACCAAUCCACACCGGUUCUGUAGUCUACCAGUCCCCAGCCAGCCACCCACCAGUCCCCCGUGCGUCAGUCCACCUAGUGUGCAUGUAUCACUAUACCCCCUUGGUGCGUGCCGCCGCCAGCUCUCCCCCGUGAAUGAGAAACCUCGCUGGUGGGCCAUUUGUCUCCACCUGUCAGCGAGGUGUGCGCGGGUAGAGAGGAUGGACCGCCUGCUGCUGCUUCGAGUGGCUGCUCUGCUGAUUCUGGGCCGAGGGGUGCGGCCGUACAGCGACAAGACGGUGGAGAUCGUGGAGCUGGUGGUGCCGGAGUCCCCUAAGGUGGGCGACGACGUGACGCUGACCUGCCGCUUCAACCUGGUGGGCAACAACCACCGCCUCUACACCGUCAACUGGUGGCGCGGCAAGGACCAGUUCUACACCUACAAGGGCGCAGCCAACAACAACCCUAAGCACGCCUACACCUUCCGCGGCAUCAACGUCAAGGAGGAGGCGUCGACGGAGGAGUCUGUGGUGCUGCAGGACGUUUCGGAGGAGACUUCGGGGCUGUUCAAGUGUGAGGUGAUGGGCGAAGGUCCUUCCUUCCGCACCGCCGUCGCCAACAAGACUAUGACCGUCGUGAUCCCACCGUCUCAAGUGCAGAUCUUCACGCGGCCGUCCUCCAACCCGCCCGUCUACCACAUCGGGGAGAGGAUACACAUGAACUGCACGGCGAGAAAUGCCAAGCCUCGAGCUGACCUCUACUGGGAGAUCAACAACUCGCCGGUGAAUGAGCGAGACGUGCAGCCCCGCGCGGGUUACGAGGACCACCGGGGCCGCGUCACCUCCACUCUCAGCCUAUCGUGGGACCCGCCAGCCUACUUCAAGGACAGCGUGGCAAGGGUGGCGUGCCACGCGGUGGUUGGUGAGCACCGAACCACCGUCACCAAGGACAUCUACCUUGACCCGGCCUCCAGCGCCGCCCUCAACCACCUGUACGCUUCUGCAGGCUGCAAGUUGUCCGCCGCCUGGACGCUGCUCGGCUUGGCGUCGCUGCUACUGAACCGCCGCGUCCUCUAGCACGUGGCCAGCGUAGCGCAGCAGGGGAUGCCCGGCCGCGGCGGGACUGAGUAACAAGUGUUAAUUUUUUUAUCGAUCAUUUACUGUCUUGCGGGAUGGACUAGAUGAGAGAGAGAGAGAGAGAGAGAGAGAGAGAGAGAGAGAGAGAGAGAGAGAGAGAGAGAGAGAGAGAGAGAGAGAGAGAGAGAGAGAGAGAGACUUUCACAGCUUGUUUAAUGCUUACUGGUAAAAAGUAACGCAAUGUGGUUAUUUGUAUUGACUUUCUCGUCUUUUCCCUUUAUUACUUUAAGUAGAUUAUGUGUUCAGUCACAGAUGCGCUGCUUUAGUUACUACUGACAGUGUGUAACAAAACAUUACGAGACAGUUCGCCUCAUCCCUCGAGAUAGUGAAUGUUUCAGUGAAACAGUAACCGACUGAAAAAUAAAAUAUCCAUGGUAUAGCUGAUGAAAAGAAAGGUAAAAUAAAACGUAGAAACACAGGACAACGCGUGAAUUAUUAAAAUACAUAUAGAGUUCCGAGAGGAUGUUGAAAUUUUAUACACACUCGAAAAAAAAAAAGAGAAAAAUGGAGAUGAAUGCAGAAAUUACACAGGAAUUCUUUAAGUUUUCGUCUCUCUAAAAACAAUUUUAAAAUCAGUGUAACUUUGUGUGUGUUUGUGUGUUUGUUUGUGUGUGUGUGUGUGUGUGUGUGUGUGUGUGUGUGUGUGUGUGUGUGUGUGUGUGUGUGUGUGUGUGUGUGUGUAAGCAAUAUCCAAGAAGAAAAGCCCUUUCUCUCUCUCUCUCUCUCUCUCUCUCUCUCUCUCUCUCUCUCUCUCUCUCUCUCUCUCUCUCUCUCUCUCUCUCUCUCUAUGCGGCGGGCUUUGGACUCCCUCAUCUCGGCAGCCUCUCACACCCUUGUUGACUCAUGCAAGGAGGUGUGUUGUCAGAUGGUCAAAGAGAACCAUCCCCCAAAAUGAAGCUUGCUGAUGCACACCAUAGUCAGUCCCUGGAACUCGAGACGCCCACGCAGACUGAGGCUAAGGUAUAACUAAGCCAAGCCACUAAGCCGCUACUACCAUGACAAACAGGCAGUUUCGCACACACCACCCUCCGUCAGUCACUCAACGCUGCUCUAACAGGACCACGUCAGCUCAGCAAAACAAUGAUGCCGCGUUUCCGUCACUUCCCUAGUGCACUCUACUGAGAGACUGUGACGUGGUUAUGGAGGAAAAUACAGGAAAGGACUGAAAACUAUAGUGUGUUGAGGUAUAUUUGUGUGACUCAACGAACCAUGGAGCUUUUGUGAUUAUUUUAUUUAUUUAUUUUUUUAUUUACUUAUUUAUUUAUUUAUUUUUUUAUUGAUUUUUUGAUGAUUUUUUUUUAGGUGCAAUGUGAACUGUUUAAAAAUUAGUGUGCAUGUGUAAUUAAUUGUGAUGUACAUACGUUACUCGCUUUUUUUUUUUCUGUACUUAUCUUUUUUUUUCUAUUCUAUCCUGCAUUUGUGAUUCGCUCAUUGUGCAAAAGGCAAAAGGUAACAUUGACUCUCUAUCUUUUAAUUAAUUACCGACAGACAUCGACACCCGCGUGACUGACACACCUGUUAAUGUUGCUGCUAUUAUUAUUAUUAUUAUUAUUAUUAUUAUUAUUAUUAUUAUUAUUAUUAUUAUUAUUAUUAUUAUUAUUAUCAUUAUUAUUAGUUUCAUUAUCAUUUUCAUCAUUAUCAUCAUAACUGUUCACUGUCCCAUCGCCUUGAUUACUUAUUGACAUCUUCCCCUCAACAACCACCACCACUCAACAACCUUAAUGUGUAGGCAGUGUACGUGUGUCCCUAUAUACACCUCCCGUUACAGACUAAAGACAUAACACAUACAUAUAUAUAUAAAAAAAAAAAACCUGAGUGUGGUGUAUCGCCGGGUUAAUAAUCCUUGUGUUGUGGGGUUGGUUAAUUUCUCUUCCCCCUUCUGAGUGUGUUGCUUUUUUUUUUUUUUUUUACAAACUCACGUCUGAUCAGCUGACUAGUGAGUGAGUGUGUUGUGUGUCCCGUUUUCUGCCACACGUAUACUGUUAAGAUGCAGUUCUGUAAGCCAUGUCCUCACGCACCAUAACCCUUUGCACUCUGUGGCCUCCCUAGAUUAUGUACGAUAUAAAUACACUAAUAAAAUAUCUAUAUAUAUACACACCAA